UCAGUUUGAAAGAGACGCGCAACGAGAACAGUUCAGAAAAAUCCGUUUAAGAAAUAUCCUGGCACUGUGCUCAGCUUCAGUCUCAGUCUCAGUUUCAGUCUCAGCUUCAGUCGCAGUCAGAGUCAGAGUCAGAGUCGCAGCCAAUUGACUUCCUCUUAGUGUGCGUGGCAGUUGAGCAUUUUGUGUGUGUAUAACGCAGCAGCUCAUCGCUGGGAUAUUGCGUCACUGUACACGUUAGUUGAGAGCAACUUCUAAGGACGCUUUGUGCCAACUUUGUUUGCCAAGCAGCGCGCAAUCGAAGAGCAGAAAACAGAAUGAGACAUAAUUGCAACGGGUUUUUGCUCGCCACGCUUGUGACAUGGACGCUUGUGGCAUGCAACUUAGUUAGUGGCACCACAGAGGGCCAGGAAACGCCAUUGGCACUGCCCGUCGCCGAACUGACGCAACCCACAACAGCCAUCCAGGGCGAGGUCUGGGAGGAGGAUGAUCACGAGGUCUUAAUACGCAAUGAGCGCGGCACAAAGAGCGAUGGGCUCUCGUGUCGUUAUGGCAAGAAUCCAUGGACCGAAUGUGAUACCAAGACCAAUACGCGUUCACGUACCUUGACAUUGAAAAAGGGCGAUCCUGCCUGCGAUCCAACACGCACCAUUCAAAAGAAGUGCAAAAAGGCGUGCCGAUAUGAGAAGGGCACUUGGUCCGAGUGUGUCACAGGACAAAUGACCCGAUCUGAUAAAUUGAAGGCGACCAGCGAUCCUUCAUGCGAAGCAACACGCGUCAUUAAGAAGAACUGCAAGCCCGGCAAGUCCAAGGACAAGAGCGCCAAGGAGCAGCGCAAGAACAAGGACAAAGCCGCUCGCAAGGGACGUGUCUAAAUAUUUUUGGUAGCAAAACUUACUGAUUUUUUAAGUGUCAAACGUUAGUUUUUAUCCCUGAUACUCGUUUUACAAUGGAAAUAUAAUACAAGAAACCAAAAACAAAACAAAAAUACAAGAAUAUGGAAAUAAAAACGUAAAAAAAAUAAACCCAUAUAGACAUUAAUUACCAUGUAUAACCGUAAAGCAUUCUAUUUGAAUACAUUUAUUAAGAAAAAUUGUAGUUUUGUUUUUUAACAAUCGAUAUAAAUAACAAGGAGAGUAAAUUUCAAUCUAUAAAGAAAUCUAAACGAGGCGCAUGCUAAACCCCCUUAAAAAAGAUUAAAAUGUACCAACCAUAGAACUAACAUUUACUUUAACUACCCGAUAAUUUGGAGUGUUCCGAGUUACGAUUUCACGCGAAAUUAAAGAAAACCGAGUUGAAUACUGUUAAAACUGACAGCACUCAAAUCUGUUUGCACAAUUUGCGUGCGAAAUUGGAAUUGGGAACAUCUCGGAUUAUCUAAAUUUCACAGACUCAUCAUAUAAGUAUAAUAACCAGUUGGACUGUUAGAUAACAUGAUAACCCUGGUAAUUGUGAAACAAUUGUAACUGGAAUACUUUCUCAUAGAUCCAUUAGCCGAGUUGUUCUUUAAAUUAUAACUUUAUAUAAAUGGACAGAAAACGAAAGAAAAGUAAAGUAAAGUAACGUAAAACCUUUCCAUAAAUAAACAAAAGUUAUUUCAACAUAAUUAAUGUAAAAUGUUUGUCAGACAAAAAAAACACAAAAAAAAUAUCAGCUUCUGUAUUUGAUCUCAAAUAAAAACCAGAGAACAGAAACAGUGGAAAAUAAAAACUACAAAAAAGUAAACCAAGUGAAUGAUUGAUAUAAGUAAAACGUAAAAAAGAAAAACCAAUUUUAGACAUACAUCAAAUGCAACAUUUAAAGAGAAAACACUUAGUGUAAAUAUUGUAAAAAGUAAUACAAUAGUAUUGCAAAGUAUUCGUAGUAACGAGACGCAAGAUCGGCGAGAAGAGAGGAGUAAAAAGAGGAGAAGAAGAAGAGCAGUGAUGAGGCCAUGUCUAGGCACUACGCUGAAUGCGAUUGGCAUUUUAAAAACACAUAUACAAUACCCCCAACCAUCAUCAACUUAUUUGCAUAUGAUUAAUAGUAAUAAUACUCAAACACACAUACACUCAAACACAUAUACACUCCCACACACACACACACAAACACAGACAGACAUUCAUGUUUUAUUGAACUGAACAGAAAAUGCGGAAAUGUCGUGCACUAUGACAUUUUCCGGGAAAUGCAACUUACAUAACGUCAACAAACCUUUUAUGCCGUUGUUGCGGCUGCUAAAAACAGCGCAAUAAUUAUAAUUACAAUUAUAAAACAAAUAAUAAAUAAUAAUAGAACUUCAAGACCAUGGUUCGUCAUUUUAAAAAUAAAUAAAGAAGAAACUCAAAAAAUUGACAGAUUUAGAGCGUUGUUUAUGACUUAAUGGAUUUAUAACAUAAACAUAAUUCUAUACCGAAAAAAGGAAAAAACAA